GGGUUGUAAGGAACGGCGUGCGCUUAACAUCACUUGUCCUUUGCCAACUACGAUUCUUGAAAGAAAAAGGUAACUACAAAAGGCUACUAACAAAUAACAGAUCUAGGUUUGACUUAUACAGAGAAUCUAUGAGUGAAGCAGCUUUGGAAAACAAUUUCGUUUAUGCUGCAGUAAAAACACCUGUGUUUAUGGAUACAAAAACAAUUCACAAACAAACAAUUAAAAGUACUAGAGACAGUUCACCAGAUAUGUCAGUUCAAGUAGAAGAAGCAUUGACACCUGAUGUUAACCAAAGUACAAUGCCUUACGGUGGGGUGAAUUCAGCUGAAAAAUCACAAACGGGAGAGAAUGAUGAACAAACGAAUGUUGGUGAACAGAAUGUAGCAAAUUUGGUUGACCAAAAGGAACAUGAAAAUGAUUCAUUGGUUGAAAAGUCGGAGUCUGUGAAUGUUCAAAAUCAAGAAACGACAGAACAAGUCGGUGAAGAUGAACAUUCAGUAGAUGACGAUCAUUCACAAUCUUUUGUCGAACACGGUAGCGACGAAGAAGAUGGAGAAUCUAAAGAUUUGUCUGGUUUUACAGACGUAACAGAAAACAAGCCUGUAGCCACUAAAACAGAGGAAAGGACGAACGCUGCACCGAGCAAUGAUGUUUUGGAUUUUGAAUGGAUAUCCAAAGGCUUGGUCUUAUUUCCAGAUUCAAGCGUUUGCUCUUUUGUUGACAAUAAUGAUGGCAAUACAUUUAUUUAUUCUACUUCUGACGAUUUGAAUGAGAAUACUUUGGAGGACUUAUUUGGAAUUGUGCGUGCACGUCUGGAAUCUUUAGAUGCAUUAGGUUCUGAUUCAGAGUUGGUGUGCGAAUUUUCAGAUUUGAAUUUAAAAAUCGCUGAAGAUAACGUUUAUGCAAAUCAAAUUCAUCUAGUCGAUAUUUUAGAGCUUUUAUCUGUACAUUGCAGCCAUGGAAAAUCUUUCUCUGUGUUGUUUACGACUCAACCUCGGUUUAUUGCUAGAUACAACAAGCUUGUUCAGGAUGUUUCUAGUGCUAGUGUUAGUGAACUUGAGUUAGAAGAGGAUGAUACUCAAGAUUCAGCGCUAGUUCCAGAGCCGUCAAAGGAGUCUGAGAAAGGCGUUGCUCCUGACAGUACUACUGAUGAUUACAAUAAUGCAUCCAAAGACGUACUGGGUGAAGGAGAAGCCUUGCCGAACAAUAGUAAUUCUGAAAACACAAGUUUGAGUGGAACGGAACGAAUAGCGGUCGAAGAACAAUCGGGGAUAGAUGUGAGCGACCCGACUGCUGAACAGUUGGAUGACAAUGCUCUAGCUUCUAUCUUGGAGGAUAUAAACAAUAAUGGUGAAGUGGUAUCUAGUGCGACUCCGUUUGAAUCGUUUCUGGAUGAAGAACAAGUAAAACUGGAUGUAAUCAAUGAAAGUCAAACACAGAAUGGUAAACGGAGACUAGAUGACUACGAUAACUUACUUAAUGAGGAUCUGGUAGAUGAUGGAGGCGAUGAAGCCCAGAUUACUUCUCCGAAGAAAUCGAAACUUGUCACAUCGUCUGAAGCAUCUUAACGCCCUUUGCAAGUGGACAUUAUAUGAUUAUAUCUAUUAUUUAUUGCGUGUUCAAGAGCUGAAGGGCAUUUUUCGUGUGUGAAAAAUUGUAUAACUAAUCUGUGAGUUUCAUGUUUUGGUUAAGUGGUUUUGGGCAACGCCGAAGUCUUACAGACGGUGCCCUUUGUGAAUUAUUUUUAAAAUUUUUGUUGUUUUUACUCUCCGUUGUCAUACCUUCGCUACUAUUGCUCUUUUGUACAUUACUUACUUUUUUUAAACCGUUGUCAUUAUUCAAUGAUGUUCCUGCUUAUGACGCUUAAAAGUAUCCAUCUUUUUGCAUGAACAUAAUUUUUUUUUGCUAUACGAUAGUUUAUUAAUUUAAGGAUUUUAGUUAUUAGGUUAAUAAAUUGAAAUAAUUUUCUUUUCGUAA